AUGACUGUUGCUCUCCGUCCAAAAAAGAUAUCUUUUGGAUUCUACAAUGAAGAGGACAUUCAAAGGCUCAGCUCGGUUGAAGUCACCGAAACCACCGCAUUUGAUGGCUUUGGACAUCCUGUUGCUGGCGGAUUGUAUGACUUGAGAAUGGGCCCGAUCGAUCUGGCAUCAAAUUGCAAAACUUGCAACCUGUCAUUUUUCAACUGUCCUGGACACUUUGGGUAUAUAAAGCUCUGCAAGGCUGUUCUGAAUCCGUUGGCUUUUAAACAGAUGAUGUCUAUUCUGAAGGCUGCUUGCAUCAAAUGCAGGAAUCUUCGAAUUACAAACCAUGACAGACUCAUCAUGUUCUGCAAAUUCUCACUACUUAGGAAUGGAACAAGUAUCAACGGACUAGACAGUCUGUAUACAGUGCAAGAUGAGGAUGAAAUCUAUAAUACCGUAAUGGAAAAGAUCAAGGCUUCAGAGGCAUGCAAAACCAACACACUGAUCGAUAAUCACCAAGCACUGGCAAAUGACUUUUUCUCAAGCAUAGCAAACAGAAAGAAAUGUGUAAGAUGUGGAUACAAAAACCCAAAGAUUGUUGCUGGAUCAACUCUCAAGGUGUUUAAGGACUUCAAGGGAGACAGUGAACGAGGAAAUGAGGAAAAGUAUCUUGAGUUUUUUUCUCCAGAAGCAAUUGAAGAACUCUUCUGCGAUUUGUUUUUGAAUGAGGAGGAUCUUCUCAAGUCUAUAUUUUGCUCUUCCAAUUACAAGAUGUUUUUUAUGAAGAGUAUUGCUGUCACGCCAAAUAGGUUCCGUCCAGUCACUUUUGUGAAUGGCAAAAGGACAGAAUCCUUCGACAACCUUUUAUUAUGCGAUAUUUUGAGAUGCAACAUGAUGAUGAUGGCAGAUGUAUCGUAUUGGCCACAGUUACAAUUAUGCGUGUUCUCAUUAUUCGAUAGUACAAAAAUGCCAAAGUGGGGAAAUGCAUCAUCAGCUGCUCCAUCUGGGUACAAGCAGGUUCUUGAAAAGAAGGAGGGCUUGUUCAGAAAGAACAUGAUGGGCAAGAGAGUUAACUUUGCAGGGCGUACAGUGAUAUCGCCAGAUCCAAACCUUGAAACCAGGGAGAUCGGGAUUCCAAUGAUUUUUGCAGAGAAGUUGACAUUCCCAGAAAAAGUGAAUACAUUCAAUGCAGACAGGCUUAGAAAGGCGGUUCUCAACGGAACAAGCUAUCCAGGAAGCUUAUACGUCCAAGACAACGAUGCAUUACUGAGCCUGAGCCACAUGCCUGAGGACAAAAGAUAUGCACUUGCAAACCAGAUUCUUGAUGGAAAUAAGGUAGUCUGGAGACACCUGAUAGAUGGAGAUGUUGUCUUGGUUAACAGGCAACCUACUCUUCAUAAAGUAAGCAUUAUGGCACAUAAGUGUAAGGUUCUCAAGGGUGAAAAGACACUGCGGAUGCACUAUGUAAAUUGUAAGUCGUAUAAUGCAGACUUUGAUGGAGACGAGAUGAACAUUCACUUUCCACAGAGCUAUGCUGCAGAGUCUGAAGCAAGACUUAUACUGAUGAAUGACUUCAACUACCUGGUGCCUACCGAUGGAAGCCCAAUAAGAGGACUCACACAGGAUUACAUAAUAGGCGCAACGAUCCUUACGAUGAAGGAUUCUUUCUUUACAAAAGAUGUCUACUUUUCGUUGGUGUCUUCUGGACUCCCAAGUGGACGAAUUACUUUAGAAAAGCCUUGCAUAAUCAAGCCAAAAAAGUUGUAUUCUGGAAAGCAAAUAAUUUCUACAAUCAUCAAGAACAUGGGAUUGAAAAUAUGCAUGGAGAUUGAUACGAAAAUCAAAAAGGAGUUCUGGAAAGGGCAUACGGAAGAAGAAAAAGUUCUUGUAAGAGAUGGAAACAUUCUUACAGGCGUGUUGGAUAAAAACUCAUUAGGUCAAAGUUCGAUGUCUUUGGUUCAUGCAUGUUCAGAAGUGAUGGGAGGAUCCGCAUGCAAUGAUCUUAUGACAUACAUCGGCAGGGUAAUUAAUCGAUAUCUGCUUAUGUAUGGAAUUACAGUAGGGAUUGAUGAUUUAUUACUUUCAUCUGAUGCAGAUAUGGCGAGGAAAGAGCUAAUCAGGAUCAAGAAUGCACAAGCUGCAGAGGUUCAACAAAAGUUCUUGUCUGAAAAUCCAGAUUAUUACUUGCAUUCUGAUAAAAUCAGCUACAUUGAUUCUGUAAUGAGAGAGGAGAUGAAUAAGGUAACGUCUGCAAUAGUAAGUGUGUCUGUACCAUCUGGACAGAAUAAGUGCUUUCCUAAUAAUAAUAUUGGAUUGAUUGUUAUGACUGGAGCAAAGGGAUCGAUUGUGAAUCUGAGUCAGAUAUCUGGAGGAUUGGGGCAACAGGAGCUUGAAGGCAAGAGAGUUCCUGUAAUGGCCAGUGGAAAGACAUUGCCGUGUUUUGGACGUCUUGAUGCAGAUCCUCGCUCUGCAGGAUAUAUAUACGAAAGGUUUUUAUCAGGAAUUGCGCCGCCACAGUUUUUUUUCCAUUGUAUGGCAGGUAGAGAAGGGUUGAUUGACACGGCAGUAAAAACAGCGAAUUCAGGUUAUCUGCAAAGAUGCCUUGUGAAGCACAUGGAAAGGAUGAAGGUUGAGUAUGACAUGUCGGUGCGAGCAGAAAAUACAACCAUUCAGUUUAUGUAUGGUGAAGACGGGAUUGAUAGCACAAAAGCCAGCUAUUUGGAGCAGUUUGAAUUCUAUAAGCAAAAUGAAAAACUGUUCAGGAACUCGUGUGUUAGUGAGGGAUGUAGAGAGUAUGGAAUGGUUUCUCAAAGGUUCCAGGAGAUGCUUGAUGGCGUUGAUGACAAAAGGUUCCGAAACUUUUUAGUAGGAAGGUACAUAAACGGACUUGUUAAUCCUGGAGAGUGUGUGGGAGUAUUGGCAGCACAGUCUGUAGGAGAGCCAUCUACUCAGAUGACGUUGAACACGUUCCAUCUUGCAGGAGUGGGAGCAAAAAAUAUGACACUUGGAAUCCCAAGACUUAGAGAGAUUUUAAUAACAUCAUCUAAGAACAUUAAAACGCCUAUAGUAAGUGUUCCUAUAAAGAAUUCUGUGGAGUUUGAUGUAGUAGAAUGCCUGAAGAGAGUGACACUCAAGGACUGUGUGACGAGGUUUAGUGUCAACGAAGAGAUUGUGAUGGUUGAUGAAGUGUUCCAGAAGAAGAUUGUGAUGGAGUUUGAACUAGGCUGUUAUGUAGAUUUGGCAGCAGAAGCACUGGACAAGAAGUUCCUGAAAGUGUUUGGAAAGAAGCUGAAGAACUUGGCAUGCAUGAGUCCUACAAGUGGAAUAACAGAAACAUCUAAAGUCAAGGGGAAGCAAGAUGAAGCAGAAGAUUGCGAUGAUGAUUGCGAUGAUGAAGAUAUAAAUGAUAAUGAUAAAGAGAAAGCCAAUGAUAGCAAUAGUGAUGAUAGUGAUAGUGAUAGCAAUAAUGAAGGUAAUGGUAAUGAAGUAAAUCGCAAAGAAGCGUUUUCGGAUGAAUUUGCUAAUGAUACACUGCCUAACCAUGAAAAUAGUAGUGAGGAAGUUGAUGAUAUCGAUGAAGUGAAUGAUGAAUAUGAAGAUAGAGAUAGAGAGUUCAUUAACUUCACAAGAAAAUCAAAAAAUGUGCUUGUUUUUGAGGUUUUGUAUCCUUCUGGAAUGAACGAAAUGAUUACUUGGCUUAUUGAAUCGAUUCUUCCGGUUAUUUCUGUAAAAGAGAUUGCUGGAAUAACUAAAGCAAACAUAUCUGACAACAUCCUGUUUGUUGAGACAAGGGACUUAUGUUCAUUAGCGAAAAGUGUGGACAUUGGCCCAGGAAACACAGUCAGUCUAUUAGAUGCGAUUGACAUAUACAGUUCGGAAUCUAACGAUAUUUAUAAUGUGCGCCAGGUUCUUGGGAUAGAAGCUGCAAGGCAUUCAAUAGUCAACGAAGUGAAAAGAGUGUUUGAUGCUUAUGGGAUAUCAGUGGAUUCACGCCAUCUGCUACUGAUUGCAGACUACAUGACUAGAAAUGGAGAAUACACACCUUUUAAUAGAGGUGGAUUGGGUGCUUCAGAUUCGCCUUUUUUGAGAAUGAGCUUCGAAAGCUGUUACAGCAUGCUUCAAUCAAACGCAAUCUUCCAUCAAGAAGAUAAUCUUUCUGUGCCAUCCGCAUCUCUGGUCGUAGGGAAUCCUAUUGAGUGUGGAACUGGUUCAUUUAGUUUAAUGCAUUCUAUUGGCAUUUCUAAUAAAACCUAA